AUGACUUCCUCCAAACCCUCAAUGGAUACGCUCUACUCCGACUUCGCCUCAAAAUACGAAACCUCCUCCGGCGGCUGCACCCGCCAAUUAGCCACCCACCUCGUCUCCCUCCUCCCCCCUCUUUCCAACAACUCGCACAUCCACGACAACGCCUGCGGCCCCGGCAUCCUCGCCCAAGAACUCCUCUUGCAAAACCCUUCCCUCCACCCUUCUAUAAUCUGUACCGACUCCUCCCCCCAAAUGGUCACUCUAGCCCAACACACCCUCCCCACCCUGACCCCCUCAAACACUACUACAAACCUCUCCUUCCACGUCCUCCCCGGCGACGCCCUCUCCCCCCUCCCCUCUAAUUCCUUCACGCACUCAAUAACAAACAUGGGCAUAUUCUUCUUCACCAACCCCCUAAAAGGCGCAUCAGAAAUCCACCGUACCCUAUCCCCCACCGGCACCGCCAUCGUCACAACCUGGAAGUCUGCAGGAUACAUGCCUGUGCUGCACCGCGCGCAAAAGGCAGUGAGACCGCACGACCCACCAUUCGAGUGGCCGAUUGCGGAAGAAUGGUAUGAAGCUGAGCACCUGCGAGACAUACUAAAGAAAGCCGGGUUUGAAAGUGUGGAGAUGAGCGAGGUGACUGUGCAUUUUGCGGGGGGUAGUCUGCAGGAGACAUGUGGGUUCUUGAUGGAUAUAUGGAGGCAGGUUGGGCCCAAGUGGACGGAGAAAGAGUAUGUGGAGUUUGGGAAGCAACUUGUUAUUGAAGGGAGGAAGGAGGCGGUUACGGUGAAGAGGGCCGUGAAUGGGAAGAAGGAUGCGGAGAUUGUGGAAGUGGUUGGGUUUCCUAUGGUAGCGCACGUUGCUGUUGCAAAGAAGUGA